AUGGCCCCCUCUCAGCUUCCCCCCAUGUUCAACCCCACUCCUCAGGACAUUGAGAUGCUCCUCGCGGCUCAAUGCCACCUUGGAUCCAAGAACCUCCAGGUUCACAUGGAGCCCUACCUGUGGAAGACUCGCCCUGACGGAGUCAACGUUAUCAACGUUGGCAAGACCUGGGAGAAGAUCCUCUUGGCUGCCCGUAUCAUCGCUGCCAUCGACAACCCUGCCGACAUCGCUGUCAUCUCCGCUCGUCCCUACGGUCAGCGCGCUGUCCUGAAGUUCGCUUCCCACACCGGUGCUACCGCCAUUGCCGGUCGCUUCACCCCCGGUAACUUCACCAACUACAUCACCCGCUCUUUCAAGGAGCCCCGCCUCAUUAUCGUUACCGACCCCCGCACCGAUGCUCAGGCCAUCAAGGAGGCCAGCUACGUCAACAUCCCCGUCAUCGCCCUCUGCGACACCGACUCCCCCACCGAGUUCGUUGACGUUGCCAUCCCCACCAACAACAAGGGUCGUCACGCCAUUGGUCUGAUCUGGUGGCUCCUUGCCCGUGAGGUCCUCCGUCUCCGUGGUACCCUCGCCAACCGUGAGGUCGACUGGGACGUCGUUGUUGACCUGUACUUCUACCGCGACCCCGAGGCCGAGGAGAACAAGGAGGUUGCUGAGGAGAAGGUUGCCAGCGCUGAGGACGUCGGUGCCGGUGCCAUCGAGUCUGGCUUCGCCGGUGAGAGCUGGGACGCUCAGGGUGCUGCUGCUCCCGCCGCUUUCGCUGCUGCCGGUGCCACCAGCUGGGAGGCUGACGGUGGUGACUGGGCUGCCAGCUCCGCCCCCGCUGCCGGUGGUGAGACCUGGGCUGAGGCUCAGCCCGCCGAGGGUGCCAAGUGGUAA